AUGACGCUUCACGUGGAUGCUAAUCAGUUGCCCUGGAGGAACAACCAUCAGGCCCCGGUUCCAGGAAGCAAUUCAGCUGCACACCCCAGAGCAGCCCUUCCGUGUGAGAACCAGGCACGGGGAGAAGCGGGAGAGGCGAAAGGGGACUCCGUUCCAGUGUGCCCUGUCAUCGGCAAGCAGCCGGGCUCUCUAGGGGCAGGGAAGAUGGGCAGCCCAGGAGGCCCUGGGCUCUGCUGCAGCAGCUCUUCCAAGGGCUCCUGGGGAAGCAGGCUGCCCCGCCCGGUGCGACGGAGCCUGCGCCCCUGGGCCCUGGGGGGGUCUCUGCUCUCCAUCUUCCUGUACUCCAGCCUCAUCGGUCUGCGGAACCGGCAGCUGCCUCUGCCCCUUCGGACAACCCGCCCACCCUCUGGCCGCCACUCUGUCACCCUGAGAGACGGCACCUUCACAUUCCACCUCAACCUGAGCCACUACGAAGCCCAGUUCCCCCACCUGCAGCACCACCCCUGCCGCGAAGUCAUUGCCGAGGCUGGGUUGUGCCGGCGUGCUCCGGGCUCCCCUUUGCUUCUCUUGGCCAUUAAAUCCCACCCUGCCUCAAGCAGGAGACGGGUGGCCUUGCGGCGCACCUGGGCUAAGCCGGGGGAGAUGGGAGGUUACUGGGUGCAGCCCCUGUUCCUGAUGGCGAUGGACCCCGACGUCAGACACAUCAGCCUGGUGCAGCAAGAGAGCAGCUCCUUCGGGGAUGUGCUCCUGUGGGACUUUGUAGAAUCGCACCACAAUCUGUCCCUCAAAGAACGCUGUUUCCUCCACUGGCUACACGAGCACUGCCAGCAGGCAGCAUUCGUCUUCAAAGGGGAUGACGAUCUCUUUAUGAACCCGAAGGCCCUGGCAGGAUACCUCCGGCACACACCCAACGCCUCGCACUUCAUCCACGGCAACAUCCAGCACCAUUCGAGCGUGAUGAGGCACGGCAAGUACAGCAUCUCUCGCACCCUCUACCCUCUCGACCGCUACCCCCACUUUGCUUCUGGCGGGGGGUUUGUCUUGCCAGGCUCCUUCAUCCGCCCUCUCUACCAGGCAUCGCUCUGGCUACCCGUCUUCCCCCUCGACGAUGUGUAUUUGGGGUGCCUGGUACUGGCAGCCGGACUGUCCUUCGCCCACGAUGGGCGCUUCAGAGUGUGGGGGCCCCCCAAGGACAAACUCGAGGUGUACCAGGAGUCUCUCACUGUUCAUGGGAUCACGCCAGAGAGAAUGGAGGUGGUGUGGAAGGGACUCUGGAGUCACCGCCGAGGGAAGGCGUCGUGAGCAAAACAGCAGCUCUCUGGAGCUCCCAGUCAGGGCGGUUCCCCCCGGGGAACAGGAAUCUCCUCUGGCUGUUUGGUCCAGCAGCUCCAACAUUUCUGUUGAGGCUGUGCUGCCUGAAGCAGGUGUGUGACCUUUUCCUGCGUUUGCUCACAUUCCUCGAGUUCUACCUGAACUAUGGCCUGCAGUGUUUCCUCAGAAAGACUGGCACACCCUGUCCCUG